UGGCCACAGCUAGACAGUCCAUGCUGCUUAUACAAGUGGGCUGAUGGCUUGUGCUCCUUAGCAGGGUGUCUAUGAACUUGAGGGCAGAUUGGAAUUGCUCCUUCAUUUGGGAGAGGAAUCCGAAGAAGGAAACCCGAGAGGGUAAAGCAGAGCUGGGGACUGGGGAAACGCCACUGUUUCUGGCUUCUUCCACUGCAGCCAAACCAGCUCCGGCGCCAGCCAGCGUCUGCCUCCCAGCCACUCACUGACCACUUCCUGCCUCCCAAGCGGCAGAAGGCUUCUCAUUCCCAACCCAUUCCCUUCCCUCUGUGGUUUGGGAUUUUCCUUGCCUGAUGUUUGCCCUCUCCAUGCUGACAUUUCUGACUUCUCUAUCUCCUCCUAUGACUUUCCCCACUUUUCCCUCUUGCCCCAUUGUGCCCCAACUCUCCCACCUGCCUAUCCCCGUUGGCCUGGUGAACUAGAGCUGGAAUAUUUCCCAUUCAUUUAUUUAUCCAUUAAGCACCUCCCUACUUUAUGUCAGACUCUGAACUGACAGUUGUUGGGGAUCAAAGAUGCAUGAUGUAAUCUCAAAAGAGACCCUUUCCAUUAGGUUUCUUGGGUUUUUGAGCAACAGAAAUGGACUUGGAUCAACUUAAAGAAAAAAGGUUCAUGAGAAGAGUGUUGGGGUAGCUCACAGAGGAAUAGCUGGACAUUUAGCCUUGAGAAGCGGGGAGCCAGGUAGCUCCAGAGCUUGCCUCCCACGAGCUACUGCUGUUGUCAGGUGGACACCAUCCAGCCAUUGGUCCCAGUGGGUCUCCCUCCAAGGUUCACAUUCCUGGCAUGGGGCUCAUGGAAUGGGAGGAGGGCAGUUUCCAGAGGAUGGGAAUUCUCACCAGAAGAAUGGUGGAGAGUGGGAGGGUAGAAAAGGCUUGGUGGGCGACGACAAAUAAUACCCCGACACACACACACACUGUUCUUCCCAUCUGCUGUAUUAUGACUCCUCCACAUACAACCAAACACAAAUUUCUCCCUGCUUAGGGAGACCAUUCAGGGUCACUUCCAAUGACUGAAUCCACGGGUAAUGACUAAGCUACCACUCUCCAAAGUCCAGUGUCACCAGUAAUACUCCACCCUCUUUUAUCACAAUCCCAUUUUGAAAUCUUGCAACCCGUGGAUUAACUGGUAAAAUUAACCAUUUUCAACCAAAAUGAUAAAACCUAGCAAGAAAAUAAGUAUGGGUAAAGGCUACCAUCCAUUUCUCUACCAGGUCAUGGGAACUAGUGUUUGUGACUGGGGAUUUUUGCCUGUCGGAGUGACCUAGGUCUUCAGUUCUGAAAUCCAGCUCCUUAGUGGUCCUGCCGGGUCGCAGGCAUUAACCACUGGAUAUGGCAGUACUAGGAAUGCUCUAGGAAUCCCCAUGUCCAUCUGUGCCCCUUUCCCAUAGCAGCAAGCAUACUUUUCCUUAAUAGUGUUCAUCAUACUAGCUACUCCCGCAACCUUUUGUGUGCUGCUCAGAGGUAUAGGAGUCUGAAGUGGCCAGAUAGAAUCCUUACUAUGACUCUUUGAGGAGGUGUUUCCUUGGGGACUAAAACCUCUAUACCAGCCUGGUCCCAAACCUCACGUCUGAAAAAAGUAUUGAGACUAGUGAUAACAGACCCUCUCCUCUCAACUUCCUAGCCUGUAGAAGAAAUAGCAUCAUGCAUUGGCUGCCAGUUCAGAGCUUAUGCUAUAAGCUGCAGGCCUGGCCCAAUCUUGCACGGUAUUGUUUCUCAGCUGGAGCUAUAGCUGAGUUUUCAGUAAACCAUUUCAUUAUGCUGUCAAGCCAACUGCUUCUGGACUAUGGGGAUCAACGCAUUACGUUAGUUGUGUUGCAAAGUGCAUUCUCUGGUGAUGUUUACAGCAUUUCAUAAUUCCCUGGAUAUUGGUAGUAGAGGAGGUGAUGGGUAAGGAAAGCAAAUCUAAACCCAGGAGGGUCCAUAACAGGCAAAACAAAUUUCUGUCCUCUUAAAGCCAUGGGUGUAGACUGAGGGGAGCUCAGCAGUGGGGCAGGAGGAGGCAUUGUGGGAGAUGGAGUGAGCAAUCCACAUACACGGCUGUCCAGUGCCUUCAGAGACCUAUUCUGGAGUGCCCACCCUAUGAUGGGGUGCUGCUGGCCAUGCCUCACUCUGGCUGGGUGGAUCAGAUGAUUCCAGUUCACAGGGGUAGCCUAGCCACCUGGAUGCCGUAGCCAAGCAUUUAGGCUUUCUCAGAGGCAAGCCAGAGGGCCAUGUCUCAGAAAGGUGAUCAUUUUUGUCCAACGCAUCACUUUUUUACAAACCCUGGGUUCCCCUGCUGUAUUUUUCUAGUCAGUACUUGCCACAAGCUUCAUAUAGCAUUCUGCUCCAUCUCAGGCUGUAAAUGGCUCCCCAGCAUUCUUCAGAUAGACAAACACCUCAUAUAUCAUGGAAUCUGUCACUGGUGGCAGAACCCUUUCUACUAAAGGCCUUCCCAGCUGGAGAGCCUUCAUUUGCUCUAGGCCCAACUCAAAGCUAGUAGCCUUCUAGGUCAAUCAAUCAGUAAGCAGGUUGGAGCAAGAUGCCCCAGAGUGACUUUUUUUUUUUUUAAUUUUUUUACUAGAAUUGGGUCUUAAUGGUAAGGUAUUCAAAAUACAAUAAUUUGUUCCACAUUAUGGAAGAAUAUUCUGACCUUAACCCCUUUGCCUCCAGGAACUUAUUAGGGUGUUAGGCCUUUGCAUUUUAAUCUGGUUUAUCUCCCACCUCUGACUCACAAAUGCCUUACCAAGGCUUCUAGGGAAACUAGAAGUGCUGUCAGCAUGAUAGAACUUAGUGGUGAUGAGGUCAAGGUCCCUGUGAGCCAGGUGGUGGCACAGUGCAAGACAGAUAAGAUAUUCUAUAUGUCGAAGCCAGGACAGCAACAGAGUACUGCUUCCCUGCCAGGUGAAGAUGGCAUGCUUCUGAUGUUCUCUGUUCAUCAAAAUAGAGGAAAAAAAUGAGUUCACUAGAUGAGAGGAUUUUUACCGAAUGCCAGGAGCUGGGAUGAAUUUGCUUUAGCAAGAAGACCCCUCUGAAGCAGCACCUGCAAUUGGAGUCAUCACUUUGGGACGUUUACAGCAGACAAAGACCUCCUGGUGUCUUGCACUGGCUAAGCUGAACUGUGGUAGUAAUCACUGUGACGUCACUCUCAAGACUUUGGUAGUAACACCACUGUUUACAGUUUCCCCAGGAAUAUGGUAUUACUUCUGAUUUACCAUUUUGCUAGAGAGGGCAAAUUCUAAUGGCUUGCACUUGUCCUACUAUAGUCACUCUUACCCCACAAACCAGAGAGCCAUUGUGAGGUUUAUACCUAUAAUAUAUCCAUUUCAACUAUACACUCAACCCCUGGUUGGCUUUGGGAUUUCACUAUAGCAUAAAAUUUGAUCUGUGAAUGACCCUCAUUGAUUGGCAGACCACAUGCUUUUCCAUUGUUCCCAGAAACAAUGGAAAAGCUUGGAGCCAGUGUCCUACAGUGUCCUCUCCCCAGGUGUGGGUGUUUAGCCUCUCCUUCUAUAGUCCCCAGGCAAAGGCCCAAACAGGUCCCUCUGGGAAGGCUGCAAGGAAGAGUUACAAUAUUUCCUAAGUGCUAAAGUAAGGUUCCUCUUCAAAGAUAAUUGAUUUCCUCUCCAUUGAAGGUCUGGAAAUUAAGAGAUUUUGACUCUACCUUGGCAUCUUGAGAAAGACCUGUUUUCCCACCCAGAAGUCUUCAGUCAUAGCAAUAACUAGGGACUAUCUUAGGGGAUGCCUGGUCUUUUUCAUUCCCGGGACCUAGUGAUUGAUUAGCCACAGCUAGAGGUCUGGUUUUCAUGCCUGUGUGCCUUACGAUGACUCCCUACUUUGUUCCUUCCCCCUGUCUCUGCUGCUGAGACCAGGAGCUCAUUUUCACAGCAGCUCCCAGGCCUGGAGAGGAAAGCCAGCAGAGCCUCACCAGUUAAUUUCUCGUGGCAAGGAGCGAGACCCGCAGGUCCUGCCAGAGGAUAGUGAGAGGGUGGAUGGACUGGAUGCAUGCCAAGGACCCAAUAAAGCAUUCUUGUCUCCUGAAAUCUCUGGAAGGUCUGGCACAUGGAGGACGACACAACAAGACCCAAAGAGUCCGUCUCUCUCGCAGCCGUGGCCGACAUGGGGGAUGAGCUGGAGGAAGGCCAGCCCCUGGGCAGCGACUUGAACCAUGCGGAAGACAGGAACAAUUUGAACGAAGCCAGCCAGGAGCCGCUCUCAGGAAGGAGUACCCUGCAGGCCGCCCUGAGAGUGAGGCGCUUCUACAGGGAGCACGCACAACUGUUCCGCUGGAUCUGCAUAGGCCUGCUCUGCACUGCGUUCGGGGCCUUCCUGUUGACUGCUUGCAUCCUGAAUUUCCAGAGGGCCCUGCCCCUGUUUGUCCUCACCUGUGUGGUCCUGGCCUUCUUGGCCUACAGCCUGUUGAAGAAGCGGCUGGGACCAAACCUGCUGAGGUGUGCCACACCUUGGGGGUAUUCCCGCCGCAGGAGCCUCUGGUUUAAGAGGGGUCUAGCCCUCGCUGCUUUCCUGGGCCUGGUCCUGUGGCUGGCUCUGGACACCUCCCAGCGGCCUGAGCAGCUGGUGUCCUUUGCAGGAGUCUGCGUGUUCAUUGGCAUCCUCUUUGCCUGCUCAAAGCAUCACCGCGCAGUGUCUUGGCGCACUGUGUCCUGGGGUCUUGGGCUACAGUUUAUACUUGGCCUCUUUGUCAUCAGAACAGAACCUGGAUUUAUUGCAUUCAAGUGGCUGGGCGACCAGAUCCAGACCUUCCUGAGCUACACCAAGGCCGGCUCCAAAUUCGUGUUUGGGGAAGCUCUGAUCAAGGAUGUCUUUGCCUUUCAGGUUCUGCCCAUCAUUGUCUUCUUCAGCUGUGUCAUGUCCAUUCUCUACUACCUGGGCCUCAUGCAGUGGCUGAUCCUGAAGAUUGCCUGGCUGAUGCAGGUCACCAUGCGCACCACCGCCCCUGAGACCCUGAGUGUGGCUGGAAACAUCUUUGUGAGCCAGACCGAAGCUCCUCUGCUGAUCCGGCCCUACUUGGAGGACAUGACGCUCUCUGAAGUCCACGUUGUCAUGACCGGAGGCUAUGCCACCAUUGCCGGCUCCCUGCUGGGUGCCUACAUCUCCUUUGGGAUCGACGCCGCCUCUUUGAUUGCUGCCUCUGUGAUGGCCGCCCCGUGCGCUCUGGCCCUCUCCAAGCUGGUCUACCCGGAGGUAGAGGAGUCCAGGUUCAGAAACGAGGAAGGAGUGCAGCUAAGCUCCGGAGAUGCUCAGAACAUCUUAGAAGCCGCCAGCAGCGGGGCCGCCAUCUCUGUGAACCUCAUUGCCAACAUCGUGGCCAACCUGAUCGCCUUCCUGGCCGUGCUGGACUUCAUCAAUGCUACCUUCUCCUGGCUGGGGCACAUGGUGAACAUCCAGGGGCUCAGCUUUCAGCUCAUCUGCUCCUACAUCCUGCGGCCGGUGGCUUUCUUAAUGGGAGUGGCCUGGGAGGACUGCCCGGUGGUGUCCGAGCUGCUGGGGAUCAAGCUGUUUCUGAAUGAGUUUGUGGCCUAUGAGAAGCUCUCCAAGUACAAGAACCGCCGCCUUACUGGGGUUGAGGAGUGGAUCAAUGGCGAGAAGCAGUGGAUCUCCGUCCGAGCAGAAAUCCUCACGACAUACGCCCUGUGUGGAUUUGCCAACCUCAGCUCCAUUGGCAUCAUGCUGGGAGGCCUGGCCUCCAUGGUCCCCCAACGGAAGAGCGACUUCUCCCAGAUCGUGCUGCGGGCACUCUUCACAGGGGCCUGUGUAUCCCUGAUGAACGCCUGUGUGGCAGGGAUCCUCUAUGUGCCCAGGGAGGCCGAGGUCAACUGUACGAGCCUCCUGAACACAACCCUCAGCAGCACCAGCUUUGAUGUGUACCAGUGCUGCCGCAAGGCCUUUCAGAGCACCAGCCCGGAGUUCAGCCUGGACAACUGCUGCCGAUUUUACAACAACACAAUCUGUCCAUAGUGGGGCAGCAUGACUUGGUGCCUUCUGGGGGCUGUUCUUCCCCAGGAGGCAGCUGACCCCACCUUUCCCUCUCCAGGCCUGUCCUCGGGAAAGCCCACUGGGAGGGAGCAGUGGCGUGAGUGGGCGGAGUCUGCCUUCUCUGUUCUCCCCUCCACAUCCAACAGCACCCUGGUCUUUUUAGUCCCUUCCUACCAUGGAUCUCUCCCACGCACCCUUUCCUUCUCUUAUGGCCACUUGCCCCUGGCAUCUAGGCCCCCAUCUUCCCUCUUCUCUGGCACAUGGGGCUUACUGAGGCUUACCUCUGACCAUGGUUUCUCCUGAAGGCCCCUUCCCCUACUUCCACAGACUCCCCACUGCCUUCCUUCAUUGCACUUCCCAAACUGGUGUCCUGUGGAACACUCCCACAAGGUGUCCAGAACUUCCAUGGUCCACUAGGUUUGGGAAACACUAGGCUAAAUAAAGUUAGACAGGGGUUUUUUUUUUAUUGUUUUAUUGCUUAAAGUAUUACAAGGAGUUAUUAUAUAUGUCUCCUUUUUUUUCCUCCCCUUGACCUUCCCCUAGCCUCCCAUACCCCCCGGUGUCUUGUGUCCAU